AACAUAUAUUAGCCAGCCGCGUGUCUUCUUCACUCCCCACGCAAGCCUAUUACUUACUUUCCAAUCUCCACUCACUUCAUUCAUUCCACAUUCAUCAUUUCCUUCACAUAUCCUUUAUGACUACGAAAGCCGGUGCAGAAGCCGACCGCCACAAUACGCAGAGUGAGACUUCUCCAGAUGAAGAGCUUGUUGAAAUCACUCUCGAUCUUCAGAAUAACGACGCUAUCAUUCUACGUAGUGUAGGUAUGGACACUCCGGUAACCGCAACAUCGAAUCGGUCACGGCAGUCAUCCAUGAGGAUGCAAAACGACGUCGUAGGAGUGGAUUCACAUUCACGCGGAGUGCGUGAUGGUGAGGUUGAUCGAAGUCGUUGCGGUACUGGUAAAGCUCUAAAAGGUCUCCGAUUCAUCAGUAAUGGUAAAAUCAACGGUGUGGAUGGUUGGAAGGAAGUUGAGAUUAAUUUCGAUAAGUAUGCAAAGGAUGGAUAUCUGUAUCGUGCUGAUUUCGCACAAUGCAUAGGAAUGAGAGAUUCAAAGGAGUUUGCAGUUGAAGUGUUUGAUGCAAUUAGCAGAAGAAGAAGACGUAGGCUAAAAGUUGACAAGAUCAGUAGAGAUGAGUUAUCUGAAUAUUGGUCACAGAUCACUGAUCAGAGCUUCGAUUCUCGCCUCCAGAUCUUCUUCGACAUGGUAGACAAGAACGAAGAUGGAAGAAUCACUGAAGAAGAAGUUAAAGAGAUAAUAAUGGUGAGUGCGUCAGCAAACAAGCUAUCAAGGUUGCAAGACCAAGCAGAAGAGUAUGCAGCUCUAAUUAUGGAAGAAUUGGACCCCCAAAGACUUGGCUACAUUGAGCUAUGGCAGCUCGAAACACUUCUGUUACAGAAAGACACUUACUUGAACUACAGUCAAGCCUUGAGCUACACAAGCCAAGCCUUGAGCCAGAACCUCUUGAGAAACCAUAGCCCAAUAAAGCGAAUCAGCUUCAAAUUCCUUUAUUAUUUACAAGAGAACUGGAGAAGACUUUGGAUUAUCAGCUUAUGGAUAUUGAUUAUGAUAGGUCUAUUUCAUUGGAAAUACUUCCAAUACAAACAAAGGGCUGCAUUUGACGUUAUGGGCUACUGCGUUCUCUCCGCUAAAGGCGCAGCCGAAACUCUCAAGCUCAAUAUGGCUAUCGUGUUAUUGCCUGUGUGCAGGAACACCAUAACUUGGCUGAGGUCCACCAAGUUAUCUUAUUUUAUACCGUUUGAUGAUAACAUCAACUUCCAUAAGACGGUAGCUGCAGCCAUUGUAAUGGGUAUAAUACUCCAUGCGGGAAACCAUCUGGCAUGCGAUUUCCCAAGGCUUAUAAACGAAGACGAAAACAGCUACGCUCUUAACAUGAGUAAAUACUUCGGGGAAAACAAACCGAGCUAUAUAACCCUGCUUCGAGGGGUAGAGGGUGUAACCGGAAUCAUAAUGGUGGUAUGCAUGACGAUUGCCUUCACACUCGCAACCAGAUGGUUCAGGCGAAGUCUAGUGAAGCUACCAAAACCAUUUGAUCAUCUCACUGGCUACAAUGCCUUCUGGUAUUCACAUCACCUUUUUGUGAUCGUCUACAUUUUGCUGCUAGUACAUGGAUGGUUCCUUUAUUUGGUGAAGGAAUGGUACAAAAAGACGACAUGGAUGUAUCUUGCAUUUCCGGUUUUGCUUUAUGCAGGCGAAAGAACGCUUAGAUUCUUUCGGUCUGGCUCCUAUACUGUCCGCCUUCUAAAGGUUGCGAUUUAUCCGGGUAACGUUCUCACGUUACAAAUGUCCAAGCCUCCUAAGUUUCGGUAUAAGAGUGGACAAUACAUGUUUGUUCAAUGCCCGAUUGUAUCUUCAUUCGAAUGGCAUCCAUUUUCAAUCACGUCUGCUCCAGACGAUGAUUAUCUUUCAGUUCACAUACGACAGCUAGGUGAUUGGACACUAGAACUAAAAAGGGUAUUUUCGGAAGUCUGUGAACCACCUCUAGCUGGCAAAAGCGGGUUGCUCAGAGCAGACGAAACCACCAAAGCAACCUUGCCGAGACUAUUGAUUGACGGGCCGUAUGGUGCUCCUGCACAAGACUACCGUAAAUACGAUGUUCUUUUGCUUGUUGGACUCGGCAUUGGAGCAACACCUUUUAUUAGUAUUCUUAAAGAUUUGCUAAACAACAUUGUUAAAUCGGAUGAAUUAGAAAGCCACAGUAGUUCAGAUCAGAGUUCUACGUGUGCUGACUCAUCCCCUCAAGGUAAAAUUUCGCCCAGAAAGAAGAAAGGUGUAAGGACGACAAAUGCAUACUUUUAUUGGGUGACUAGAGAACAAGGUUCAUUUGACUGGUUCAAAGGGGUGAUGAACGAAGUUGCGGAAUGUGACCAUCAAGGUGUUAUAGAGAUGCAUAACUAUCUAACCAGUGUGUAUGAAGAAGGUGAUGCGCGAUCAGCUCUCAUCACCAUGGUUCAAGCUCUAAACCAUGCCAAAAAUGGCGUUGACAUUGUGUCUGGCACAAGGGUUCGAACGCAUUUCGCGAGGCCAAAUUGGAAGAAAGUAUUCUCGAAAACUUGUAAAAAACAUGCAGGUGCUAGGAUAGGUGUGUUCUAUUGUGGUGCACCAGUGCUAGCUAAGGGGUUAAGUAAGUUAUGUGAUGAGUACAACCAAAAAGGUGGUUCAACCAAUCUUGAAUUCCACAAGGAGCACUUUUAGACACAAAUGUACAUGUACAGUUAACAGUAGUAUAAAAGGACAAUUUUGUUACACCCUCCUUUGUUGGUGAUUUUACACCAAGAAAAUAAAAGUGGGUGGGGCUAGACACUUAGACAGACAGCUGGCAUGAUGAGAGUGGUGGGAUCCACUCUUCAUCUAGAAGGUUGACAUUUGGAGUAAAGUGUGGACAGAGAUAAUUGAUUAAAUGUGUUUUGGUUGGUCCUCUGGAAUCCACCUUGAAUGGUGUUCAGUAUAUAAUAAUUUGUCUCAUGAAUCUUA